AUGAAGGCGCCAGGCAAUGCGCAGCACACAAUGCACUCGCAGCACGGCUUCCACGUCAAGGGCUCCGGCUCCUCCAGUCAGUUCCCAACCAUCCAGGAGGCGUCCCAGGCAGAGGAGAGCGGGGAUGGCCUCGUGCCAGAGCUGUGGCGCGUUAGCUGCAGCCCAGCUGCUCCCGUGCCCCGUGUGGGCUCAGCAGUCACAGGACUGCUGGGGCUCUGCGCAGACAGCAGCAUGGCCAUUGCCAGCACGCGUGGCCUGCAGCUUCCGGGCAGCCCAGUUGAAGUUGUGGGCACCGCGCACAGCAGCCAUGGCAUCCGCCGCCUGGUCAAGGCGGUUGUGCGCGGCCUGCGCGCAUGCCAGGAGCCUGAGGCGAGCAGCGAUGGGCUGGGGGGCACGUAUUUCUUCAUGAAUGAGGCCGGCCGGCGGGCAGCCAUCGUGAAGCCCUGUGAUGAAGAGCCCCUGGCACCCAACAACCCCAAGGGGUUUGUUGGACGCGCAAUGGGGGAGCCCGGGCUGAAGCCGAGCGUGCGCGUCGGGGAGGCGGCCACGCGCGAAGUGGCAGCUUUCCUGCUGGACCACGAGCACUUUGCCAAGGUCCCCCAUACAGUCAUGGUGAAGGUGUCGCACAACAUAUUCCACGUCUGCCAGGACGCAGGCAGCCCGACAUCCAUGGUCAGCACCGACGCCAUGUCGACAUCGUUUGGGUCAAACCUGUCAUCCUCCCUGCACGCCAGCCACGCCCAGCCCAGCCCAUCUGUGUCCAUGGACAGCAGCGCCCCAAAGCUGGCCAGCCUGCAGGAGUACGUGUACCAUGAUUGUGACACGAGCGAGAUGGGGGCGUCGCGCUUUGCGGCGCGAGACGUGCACCGCAUCGGCAUCCUGGACAUCCGCAUCUGGAACACAGACCGCCACGCGGGCAACAUCCUGGUGCGCCGCCCGCGCGACAGCGCCCUGGCGCUCUCCGGCCUCGCGCGCCUCGACAGCGGCCAGCUCGAGCUGGUGCCUAUCGACCACGGCUUCUGCCUGCCCGAGUCCUACGAGUCCCCCUACUUCGAGUGGCUCUUCUGGCCCCAGGCGAUGGUGCCCUUCAGCGAGGAGGAGCUGAGCUACAUAGCGCGCCUGGAUGCUGCGGCCGACAAGGAGCUGCUGCGACGCGAGCUGCCCUGCCUGCGCGAGGAGUCCCUGCGCACCCUGGAGGUCGCCACCCUCCUGCUCCAGCGCUGCGCCGCCGCAGGGCUAACGCUGGCGGAGAUCGGCGCGGCGGUGUCCCGGCCGCUGGUGGGCAUUGAUGAGGACCCGUCCGAGUUGGAGCGCCUGUGCCUGGCUGCGCGCGCACACGCCGACGCCCUGAGCGUCUCAAACGACGAAGAAGAUGACGAGGACGGCGACUACAGUCUGAGCAGCAGUGCCGCCGAGGACUGGAUGCCCCAGGAAGCCCUGCAGCGCGCAGACAUCAGCGGCCAGCAGGGGUUUGUCGCGGCCGCGCAGAAGCCGGCGGCCGACCCCAUGGAGUGCACCAGCAGCAGCUGCCUGAGCUCGGGCACGGCCUUCAACGCGGGCACCAGCUUUGAGCUGUCCUUCGGCGGCAGCGGCCGCCUCACCAUCGCGGUGGAGUCCCUGGGGCCCUCCGCCCGCGGCAGCGCUGAGGACGACGUGCUUCUGCACGGCGCCGGCAGCAGCCGCUCCGGGGAGGAUCUGCUGUUCGACCUGGACGACCACCACGGCCACCCGGCAGACGCGCCCGCCGAUCCCUGCACGCCGAGCGGGGCCGCGCGGCUCGGGUUCCGGCCGUCUGUGACGCUGUUGUCGCCCGGUGUGUGCUCCUCCCUGGGCGACGCCCCCUCGCUGUCCUUCUCGCCCGUGCACGGCGCGCCCUGCGACCUGCACCCGGCCUGCGACGGCGGCUGCGACGCCCGCACCACCCCGCUGGCCGCCCCGCUGCCGGCCAUGGCACGCUCCGUCACCGCCGCCUGCGCAGUGCCGCCCUGGCAGCACGCCCAGCGCAUGGCCCGCAGGCAUAAUGACAAGGAGGGCGUGAAGCGCAUCCGCCGGGCACGCGCCGGGCACCGGGCUCAGCCGCACAGGGCAGCCCCGCUGAAGACGGCGGGCGGCUGCUCCCUGUUUGGGGGCCUGGACGAGGAGCAGUGGGGGGUGUUCAUGGAAGUCCUGGAGGACGGGCUCGCGCAGACUCUGGCAGAGGGAUGCUGGAGGCAGGCAGCCGCCUCCGGCAAGGCCGGCGCCUUUGGCGUCUCCUGCCCCCGCUUCUAG